AACGGCUCGGCCGACUCGAAGCCGCCGGCAAGCUUUCUGAGUUCGAAGAGAAGUACGCGGCUUUCAAGAGCGGCGGCGACCUCGGGGCUGGUAUCGAAGCCGAGUCGAUUCUCGGCGGUCGCAUCGAAGGCGUCGGUAAGGCCGCGGCGGCGUCAGUCGACGAUCGCUUCUCGACCGAUUUCCUCGACGAGCUCGGGCCCAAGAUCGAAGCGAGAAACCAAGAGCUGCUCGACAAGGUGUCGCAGGCCGCGGGGGGUUUGGGUCAGAAGGCGAUCGACACGCUGAUCAAGAGCCUCCAGGACAAGGACACGGAUCUUGCGAACGCGAUGCAAGACGCGGCCGACAAGGCGGCGGAAGAGAUGUCGAAGGUGGAAGACAUCAUCGCCACUCUCAUGCAGAAGAUCAGAGUCCUGUGCGAGUCGCUUCGCAAGGGCUGCACGCGCCGCCAAGCGAUCGCCGCAGCGGGCCUCAGCAAGACAACCUUCUAUCGGCGACUUAAGGAGGAUGGCGACCUCAAGCACUUGGUGGAAGACGCCGAAGUCUUCUCGAUCGCCGCCGUAGAGAACGCCCUAUGGAAAACAGCGACCGGCGGCAACGUUACGGCUCAGAUCUUCUAUCUGAUCAACCGGGCGCCCGACGCCUGGAAGGACCGGCAGACGCUGGCGAUCGAAGCGGGAGCCGCCAUCCCCGACGACGGGCCCGAUCCUAGGGCCGUACGCGAGGCGCUGAACCGGCUCACGGAUGAGGCGAAGAAGGCGCUGCAAGAUAAGGAUCGGCAUGAGGUGGCGGCGGCUUACCCGGCCGCGCUGGUCAAGCUGCAGGAGCGAGAGGGUGGAAACUGGGGGUCUGAGAACGAGCAAGCUGGCAUUGAUGAUGAAUAG